AUGUUGUCAUACUGCUGUUGCUCGAGCCACCGCGUUUUGUUGUGUCUGACACUGUCAACAAUGGCCGCGAAUGUCUACGGGGACAUUCUUGUCUUUUCAGACAAUUCGCAGCAUCAAAUAGAAGAAGAGUUCCGCGAUGUACCUGCUAGAUUCGGCCCACUUAUUCCCGUCGAGGGAAUCCGAGGGAGAGUUGUUUACGCACAGCCGCCAACAGCGUGCCGUGUAAUAGCUCCACCGCCGAAUGAGACUAAUUACACCGGUUUAUGGAUAGCAUUAAUAGCUCGUUACAAUUGUAGCUUUGAAAUAAAAGUACGAAUGGCACAAAAAGCUGGCUAUGAUGCUGUUAUUGUUCAUAAUGUUAAUAGUAAUGAAUUAGGUGGCUCGAUAACGGGCUUAAUAAUAAAAGAAAAUUAUUUAUGGGACAAUGAUUUCUCAGUGUUGAUAAAUGAUGAUAUUCCAUUUAAUAUCAACACACAUUUGUUACUCCCGUUUGCGAUUGUUGUGGGCAUAUGUUUCCUAGUCAUGGUUAUUUUCAUGGUUGUAAGAUGUAUAAAAGAUAGACGUAGACAGCGUAGGCAUAGAUUACCUAAGUCGAGUUUGAAGAAAAUACCCACGCACAAGUACACAAAGGGCGAUCCUUAUGAGACUUGUGCCAUUUGUUUAGACGAUUAUGUUGAAAAUGAUAAGCUGCGUGUACUACCUUGCGCUCAUGCAUAUCAUACAAAGUGUAUUGAUCCCUGGCUCACGAAAAAUAAGCGUGUGUGUCCAGUUUGUAAGCGCAAAGUUUUCGCAGCCGAUGAGAGAAUAAUCACUGACAGUGAAAGUGAUUCAGAUGCCGAUGACUCGACUCCGUUAAUCAGAGACGGUCAUCAAGGCACACAAGGUGGUACAUUCACACCACAGCGUGAGAAUCCAUUCACUCGAGCAUUAAGAUCACAACAGAGACGUCAUUCAAAUUCGUCAAACAGCAGUGACGAUUCCUUCAGGUCCUUCAGGUCGCUGGUAAAUUCAGGCGGUAGUAGGAACUCCCACAACGGUGAGACAUCUGGCAACACAACCUUUCUAGUAUCGGACACUCACAGCAUCAAUGGUGAACCGUCCGAUUUUGAACGCUCUACAGACAGUAAUGACACUUUUACGGUUACUGUGUGUAGUGCAGACGCUGAAGAACAUCCAGCAUCAGUGGUUCACAUUUCACAAUCUCAAUCUCAAUCUGCAGCGCAGGUUCCACCUACAACUUUCGCUCCUGUUAAUUCACAUCAGGAUAGUAAUUUUAAUUUAGCUGAAAUGUUACUGGGUAAAUUUAAUGUUUAA